AUAGUCGGAUAAUGCAUUUUUCAGAAAUUGCUUUAUAUUUUCUUUUUCUUUUUUUUAAUUUAGAGGUAAUAUGUCGGCAGGCAAACAGUCGUGGUAAAGCAACACUUUCUGUUCACCUCGUACUGUGCACGGUUAACUGCGCAAAAGUAGGAUACGACGCUUUAUUGUCACCUGUCGAGCGUUUCUGUGCUCCACUUACAUACUACCUGUGAGAGAAACAACUUGCUGGCGACCACGUCUGCAGAUUUAGUUAGACCAAACCAGGCAUUUGUUCUAGUACAGUGAGAAUAUAAGACAGGUGCUCUACGCUCUUUGGAAGUAAUUCGACGAAGUUCGUACCCGGCGGCGUUGUAAAUCUUUGCCGUGCACUGUCAACGUGUAGAAAACGUGUCUCAUAACACGUCCGGUGACCUGUUUUGAAAGCAAAACUGUUUUUUUUUUUUUUUUACACGAUCACCAUAUUACAUGACUUUUACACAAAUUUGUUUUAUCUCACUGUCAGUUUUUUUUCUUACUUGCUCGGUUUGUCUUUUUUUAUUCAUUAUUGCAACAAUAAUGAACGAAACUGAAAAUCGCAUUGUUUAAAGUGAAUAGAUGAGAUUUAUUUUUAAUAGUUUCUGCUGCUGGUCCAGCUGUUGGCACACUCACAAACACACUUGUUUUUAACCAGAAUUCACAGUUCUCUGAACACAGAUAAAUCCUGGUUUGUAAACCACGUGUAUGCUUCUAGUUUGGAAGCCAGUCCUGGUACAAUAAGAGCAUUUUUAUCGUGAUGUGCAUUUCAGUGCAUUGUGAUUGAACUUUCAGUCAUGAUGUGGGUGGCUGUAUUAUAUUCAGUUAUUAAAUAUUUGUAAAGUAAACAUUUGCACAUCUACUCAAUCUGUAUUUGGAAUUUGGGUGGAACUAUUGUUGCCGCUAUCGGCUAGAGAGAACUUGGGGUUGUUUCCUAUUAAAGCUUUUACUGGCCCGUAACACUUCACAGCUUAACACCUGUGUGGAGCACUUGCAAGGAUUUACAUAGGAAGUGACUGCUUUUGUAUCUGUUGAUGUUCAGGGAUGUCGCGUCUUUGCUGUCUUCGUGGCAUAUCUAAUGAGAGCUCCUCAAACUGUGUUACUGUGCAGUAUAGGAUUUCACUCGGUCAAUUAGAGCAGCCCCUUCAUCCAUCCGCUUCCAUGAUCACACAGCAUGUUUGUAAUGUGCUGUUAUCAGUGUCGUUCUGCUUUGAAGAGUAAAGCAUGAAGAAACGUUUCAGAUCAGAGCCCACUUCCUCUGUGCUCUCAUCAGUGAAGUUAGAUAUAAGGUUUAUUUCUCAUUGCAAGUCAUGCAAUGACAGAUUAGAUUAGAAGACCAAACUCACUCUCAUGUCUGAGCUGUAAGUAUAAACCUAGAUGGUUCUGCAUAAAACUGGAAAGGGGAAGAAAUAUAUGUCUGCAUGAAUUACCUGAAUAACAUACUCCUGUACUGCCAAGCUUAAGUCCAUAUGUGCUGGUUAUUGGCCAGUGUUAGCUAUGCUGCUAGCUCUGUUUAACCCAUAAAAACUAACGUUACUGCAAUAUUAAUAUAAUUGUAGCCUAAAUCUCACACUGAAAAUACGUCUUCUGCUUAAAGAUUCACAUCACACAGCAGGGCAUGUCAUGUUGUGGGCAUGCAGUGUAGCACACAUCUGCAGGGAAAAACACAAUGCUGUUGAUGUCACCUAUUUCAUCUUACGAGACAUAAGUGAAACCCGCUUUGAUAUGUGGUUUGGAAAUAGUGGCGCUCACAAAACAAUAGUUGGCCGAGUCAAUAGGCGAUAAGAGUGCAUGACUCUGUAAAGACAUAACAGUGUGCUGGUGUCUGCAAUGUCUUAGAGGAAGGGAUUUUAAAAUAAGUUUCUUUUGUGGUUGCACAUCUGUCUCAAUGAACCCCACAGCUUUUAGCGACAUAUUUUCUCUGGCUGGAACUGCAGUGUGAAUAUCUGAAAAACACCAAGACGUAUGCACCAGUCAUGACAUGUACAGAGAAGAACACUGUUCUUUGUUGUCCUUGUGAGUCAGAGUUCAGGAUACCAGUCGAGUCAAAUGGCUUCCACUCCCAUUUCUGGAAUAAAGAGUUUGUUUGUUGUUGUUGUUUUUAAUUGAAACCUUCUAAGAUGCAGGUUAUUAUCCAGUUACACUAAAUGGUUGCUGAGCUGAAUUUUAACAAUAUAUUUUGAAUAUGGGUUGCACAUCCAAUUAGUAGAUCAGCAUUGCUUCUUGUUGGGGAUGGGCUUUACCCAAAUAAUCCAAGAACUACCUGAGGCCAAUUUGUACCAACUAUUCACCUCCCCACUCCCCCUAUCUUUUUGGAUCACCCAUUUAAGGUCUCAGAGAGAUUUUUUUUUCCCCGAGAAGGUCUUUUUUUUUUUUUCUCUGUUGUUUCAGGGAAGGGGGGGAAACAGGGCAGUCAGCUGGCCACCUAUUGGCUCUUCCAGUCCCCUGACCUUAUGGUAUUUUAGGAAUGUAUUACUCUUCUCUGCACAGUUACAACCUGCCAGGUUUCAGGUUGAGACAAGACAGGAGGGAGAAUGAUUAUCCAAGAGAGAAUACACAUAAAAACUCCAAAUAUUUGACUCAAACUGAUCCAAAAACUGCUUCAUUUUACAGAUGAAAGCUGAAAAAAUAACACAUUCUUUUGACUGAUGAAUACGCCAGAGUUGACGUGGCUGGGAUCGAGGAUCAUCCCUGUCUGACUGCAGCAGCCAGAGGCUAUGAAAGUCAACGAUUUAAUUUGACGGGGCCUUCCCCUUUCUGCUGCGAGGCUUCUUAUAGGUGCGCCCAAAGAAAAAGCACAAUCUCUACCGAAAGUCAAUGAAACAGGCGCCGUCUACUUCUGUCCCAUUACCACCGACACCACUGACUGCUCCAGAAUGGACCUGGUUACCUCGACAACUACCUCUGAGAUUGUGGAGGGCAUGUGGUUGGGUGUGACAGUGUCCAGUCAGAAGGGCCAGCCAGAUGGACGUGUGUUGGCAUGCGGACAUCGAUAUGUGAAGGUAAUGUCAGAGAAUCAGUGGCGGAUGUUAGGAAAAUGUUAUGUAAGGAGUAAUGACCUGACCUUUGACCAAGAGGAUCAGUGGCAGGAUGAAAAUUAUGACGUCUGCAAUCCCAACAACGACCACAACUUGGACGGCAUGUGCAACAUGGGCAUUUCAGGCGGUAUAUCGGAAACUGAUGUCUAUUUAGGCUCUCCGGGCAGCUACAAUUGGCAAGGAGAUACUCAUGUGAUACGGAUAGAUCCACAAAACCCCUGGAACUAUGCUGACAAAAGCUUUGAAAGUCUAGAGAAAGCAUAUAGUUAUAUAGGUUAUUCAGUUCUCGAAGAAAAGAAGCUCCUGAGCUAUGAUGACUCGACAGUUGUGACAGGGGCUCCCAGAUAUGAGUCUAAGGGUGCUGUGAUUUUUUCAAAUAAAACUCAACCAAAGCUUUUGUUGGAGCAGAUCAUCCUUGGGGAACAAGUGGGUUCCUACUUUGGAAACAGCCUGGCAGUGACAGAUCUGAACAAUGACAGUUGGAAUGACCUGAUUGUGGGUGCCCCCUUUUACUUUGACCGUAAGAAUGAAGUGGGGGGAGCAGUGUACAUUUUCAUGAACGAGAAUGGAUUUUUCCAGAAGACCGCCUCAAUGGUUUUGAAGGGCCCAUCUGAUUCUGCCUUUGGCCUUGCCCUGGCCGCCAUUGGCGACAUCAACCAAGAUGGAUUCCAAGACUUUGCUGUUGGAGCGCCAUUCCACCAGACAGGAAUGGUCUACAUAUGGAUGGGAAGCAAAAAGGGAAUAUCAAGGGAGCCUAGUCAGACCAUUAUGGGUAGGACUUUUGGUGAAAAAUUCCAGACCUUCGGCUACUCCAUCAGCGGAGGGAUGGACGUAGAUGAUAACAGUUACCCUGAUAUCUUAGUUGGCUCUCUGGAUGAUCACAUUGCCCUCCUCAGAGCUCGACCGGUUGUGCACUUAACCCAAGACUUCACUGUCGAGCCUAAGAUUGUGGACGAUAAAAUGUGCUCUGGAGAUAAACCAUGCAUUACAGCUACUCUGUGCAUGUCUUUCACUCUAAGCACCGGAAAUACAAAUUUCAAGAAACCUGUCAUGGUGACGUAUAUAGUAGAGGCCGACAGGGAGAGAAGAGGAAGCUCUCGUGUUCGUUUUCAGAAUGACAUCAACACUUACACUGGCAACCUGACCAUGACAUCUUCCAAAACUGCGUGUGAAACUCUCAAGCUGUUUGUAGUUGAACCUGUGAGGGAUAAACUGGAACCAGUGGUCUUUUUCCUCAACUUCUCACUAUACGAACCAAUACCUAGAGCCAGACGAGCCCCACAGAACCUGGACUUCUUCCCAAUUUUGAGCCCAGAGCAGAAAUCCAGCCGAAGGACUGAGAUUCACUUUCAAAAGGCGUGUGGCUCAGACAACAAAUGUACCAGUAACCUGCAACUAACAGCAAAGUUUGUUGAAGAAAAUGAAGAAAAGCCUUAUCCCAGUCAGGGCAAAGUUCAAGUGCUCCAGUUCAACAGCUCCAUAAAGAAAAUAGGGCUCGCUGUAAACGUUACCAACUAUCAAUCUGAAGGGAAGCUAGCUGAAGACGCCCACAGAGUCGUGCUCAAUGUCACUAUCCCUGAUGUGCUGAAAUAUGCCAGUGUCAGUUCUUUGAAUAACAAAGUUGAGUGCACUCUUCUUGAUACAGUCAUUUGUGAGGUGGGGAAUCCAAUUAGCAGAAACGAAAAGGUGUCUUUCCUGCUCAAGUUUGAGACCUCAGGAAUCACCCUACACACACGAAAGAUUGAGUGUCAGCUGCUGUUGUCAACUCUUAGUGAGCAGAGUGACCUAACGCCUGUUCCUAUGGCCUUGCUGAUUGAAAACACCAUUAAUCCAGUCUUCAGCUUCUUAUCCAGUGAAAAGUCACAGGUGGAAACAGUAAAGUUUGGUGGGACAGUGAUGGGCGAGUCAGCCAUGGUCAACACAAGUGACGUGGGCAGUCUGGUGGAGUUCACCUUUACUAUGAACACAAUGGGACAAUCGCUGCAAGACAUAGCAACCCUGGCUGUGGAGUUUGAGUGGCCCUGUGAGGUAGCAAACGGCAAGUGGUUGCUGUACCUGACGAAGAUUGUUGUUCAGGGGGAUUCUGAAACGGAGUGCAAACCUCCUGGGAAUGUGGUCAACAUGCUUAACCUAACUUUGUCAGAGAGAAGACCUAAGCGUACUAAGCGACAGAUUAGAGUUGAAGGUGAGAAUGACGUGACCCAUUCAAAUAUUAUUGAGCCACAGGCAGCAGUCACACUGUCUUCUACUCCCAAAAAGAGGUACCAGUUGGAUUGCUCCAAGGGGACAGCAAAGUGUGUGACGUUUACCUGCCCGCUGCUCAAUGUUUCGAAUUCAGCCACGAUUUAUGUCCGAUCCCGGUUGUGGAAUAGUACAAUGUUAGAGGACUAUUCUGAUGCAUUUGUAGUUGAAGUUAAAGGCCAAGCCACACUGAAGCUUAUUAAUAAUCAAUCAAACAUCAAGAUGGAGAGUCAGACGGCCUUGUUCAAAGUACAAAUAGAACCAGAGGAAAGGGUGGAGACGCCCUAUGAGCUUCCCCUGUGGAUCAUCAUCUCUGCAGCUGUAGCAGGAAUUGCACUGCUAGGAAUCAUCAUUCUUAUACUAUGGAAGCUUGGCUUCUUCAAGCGAGCCAUCUACUACAGAAUAAUGCCAAAACACCAGGGAGUGAAAAUUCGCAGGGCUGAGCGUUAUCAGUUCAAUCUGGGGUUUCAGCCCGAGGAGCCACAGAAAAAGUAUUGGAUCACAAGUUGGACAGAGAUGCAGCAUUACUACUACUGAGGCCUUUGUUUUAAACCCUGAACUGCUCAGUGUCAAGAGGCCAAAAAACCCUGGGCUAGACUGAGCCACAUGGACCAACAUGGACCAACUGUGGAUAGUGCAUUCAUUUUUUUUAUUGGUUUUAUUUUUUAUAGACUCUUUUUUUGUGCAAUACACUGAACAUUUUGUUCCAGAGAUUGUAACUUGUUAAGCGCUUGUGAAUGUGCAUGUACUUUGUACAUUAGAAGCUGUGUCGCAUACAAAAGUAACUGGUUUUGAUUGUGUUGUAGGAGCUAAUGUACUGAAUUUUUUUUUUUCUGUAUGUGUAUUUUUUUAUAUCUUUUUUUCCCCUAAAAUUUCUGAGAAAUGUUGCUGGUCAUUUGUUGUGCUGUUUCACACCGUGCCUAUUUCCAUAUCUAUUCUGAGUGUAUAUAUCUUAAUCUGUGAUUGUAAAUGUCCUUUCUGCUUCUAUCACUUUGUGGUCAGGAGUCAGUGACUCUGUUAGGGAUUUAAUUCAAGAUAAGCUGAUUUGUAGAUCAUUUUCAACCCCUACACUUAGAACAUAAUGACCAGCAGCCGCUCUCUUAUGAGUGAAUGUUCACAUCAAAUGUACCCUGACUUUGCGUUGGAAUGGUUUUGGCGCUAGCCUCAAAUGCAUAAACAGCCCCAGCGGAUGCACUGUAAUUUCCGGCAUUGAAUUCCACAGCAGUGAACGCCGAAAGCAGGUUUGUAACAAGUUGAAAGCAAUAGCUUCAUGUCUGUGUGUUGAUUUAGUCAGGGAGUAUUAUUUAUUACAUCAUCUUAGGCUAAUACAUUAACAUACAUAUCUAAAGAAUGUCAUACAGGGAGUCACAACACUGGAUUAGUUUAGUAGGAUGAUGUCUUUGUGGAGACUUUACGAUCCAGUAUACAUAGGUAGGUAUAAAUUGUAUAUAGUAACAAGUUGCGUUAAAUUGACUGUUUUAAUGAAUUUGUUUUCUCACUGUCACUGAGCUUUGUAUUUUUAAAAGACAGUAAGCCUUCUCUUGGAUUGUUUCUAGGCCUCUGUGGCCCCCGUUAAGGUAAACCUGUAAUGAUAGACUGCUGUUAUAAGCCUGUUAUUAAACAGUCUCUGAUGGGACUAAGUGUUGCUUUACUGCUCCAGUGUGUGUUACCUGAGAGCCUGCAGGUACUGUGUUCUGUUGUGCAACUGUAGCCACUAAAGAGGUUGUAUUGACUCUGUGAGUAAAGAGGGAAGGGCUGAAAA